CGCCGAGGUGAGGCGGUCGCCGAGGCGGUGGGUCUGUAGGCGCUGUAGUCACCGAGGGCUAGGAGGGUCGGGAGAACGAGCGGAAAGGCGCGGCGCCUGCCAGCGGGGCCGGCGCGGCGCGAGGGCGGGUUCCACGUCUGCCCUUUCGGCGCUGGCUUCUCGCCCCCGUUUCUUUUGGUUCUCCCGCCUCCGGGCUCGCGGCCGCGCUCGGCCAACUGGCCGCGCCCGGGGGAGCCCUGCACGUCGGGCCUGGCGCCGGGGCUCAGUGGUCGGCCGGGCACGUCUUUGUCUCCGCGGCCGCGCGCGAGGGUCCCAGGUGCACCGCCGGGCCGAACCCUGGAGCGGAACAAAAGCCGGACGCCCCCAGCCGAGCGCCCCCGAGCUUGCUAAGUCGCUUGUCCAGAGCGGCGGGGACCGGCUCGCGGGGCGGGGAGACCGGGAGCCGCGAACCAGCGGGUGUUUUCUUGUCCUCGCGGGUUCGCCAGAGGCGCUGAAGGACAGCGACGAACGCGGGAGGGGAACAGGCCUCGCUUCCUUGACGCUUGCAGUGACGGCGGACUUCGUUAAGUUGCAAACAGCGGUGCCCAAUAGUUUGCCUACUUUGAGUUUUGGAGCAGGUCCCGGUGUUCCUGGGGCCCAGUAGGCGUCCUGGUGCUUUAAGCGCGCUCCCAGGAAUCCGCAGAGCUCUGCCAGUUGGCCCUGGAGGCCUCAGAGAGGUCUUGGGGCUUGCACAAAGACUUGGAACCUCCGGAGUUUGUGGUCUGGGCUCCAGGAAAAACGACAACCUUGGGCCUGGUUGGUACGGCAGUUGUAUUCCGUCAGUUACCGGAGUCCCUAGCCCUGUGCAUCUGGGCAGGCACCUGGUCCAUUGAUCCUGUGAGAUGGCAGCCAUAAACCCGUGGGCCUCCUGGGGUGUCCUUACGGACCAGUCCUGGGGAAUCUCGGCUGUUGAUCCAUGGGCCUCCUGGGCUCUGUGUCCUCAGGACUGCCAUGUGGAAGAGAAUGCUGAGGAGGAGAGGAGGGCCACUGGGUUCCCGACAGCCCAAAUCCAGGAACCAGUGACCUUCAAGGAUGUGGCUGUGGAUUUCACCCAAGAGGAGUGGGGGCAGCUGGACCCUGUUCAGAGGACCCUGUACCGCGAUGUGAUGCUGGAGACCUAUGGGCAUCUGCUGUCUGUGGGGAAUCACAUUGCCAAGCCGGAGGUUAUCUCUCUGUUGGAGCAAGGAGAGGAUCCAUGGUCCGUGGAACAGGCAUAUCCUCAAAGCACUUGUCCAGAGUGGAUGAGAGAUCUUGAAAGCAAAGCAUUGAUCCCAACACAAAGUGUUUUCGAGGAAGAACAAUCCCAUAGCAUGAAGUUGGAAAGAUAUAUAUGGGAUGAUCCUUUGUUCUCCCGGUUAGAAGUCUUAGGAUGUAAAGACCAAUUAGAAAUGUAUCACAUGAAUCAGAGUACAGCUAUGAGGCAAAUGGUCUUCAUGCAAAAGCAAGUACUGUCUCAAAGAGGUUCUGAAUUCUGUGAACUUGGAGCAGAGUAUAGCCAGAACUUAAACUUUGUUCCAUCUCAGAGAGUUUCUCAAAUAGAACAUUUCUAUAAGCCUGGUACAAAUGCUGAAAGCUGGCGGUGCAACUCAGCCAUAAUGUAUGCAGAUAAGAUUACCUGUGGAAAUCUUGAUUAUGACAAAGCCUGCCACCAGUCCAUACAGCCUAUUCAGCCUGAAAAGAUACAAACUGGAGAUAAUCUUCUCAAAUGUACUGAUGCUGUUAAAUCUUUCAAUCAUAUACUACAUUUUGGUGAUCAUAAGGGAAUGCAUACAGGAGAAAAACUCUAUGAAUAUAAGGAAUGCCAUCAAAUCUUUAACCAGAGCCCAUCAUAUAAUGAACAUCCGCAACUUCAUAUUGGAGAAAACCAGUAUGGUUACAAAGAAUAUGAGAAUAUCUUUUAUUUUUCAUCAUUUAUGGAACAUCAGAAAAUUGGUACUGUAGAGAAAGCCUGUAAAUACAAUGAAUGGGAGAAAGUCUUCGGGUAUGACUCAUUCCUUACUCAACAUACAAGCACUUACACCUCAGAGAAACCCUAUGAAUAUAAUGAAUGUGGGACAUCUUUUAUCUGGAGCUCUUACCUUAUCCAGCAUAAGAAAACACAUACUGGAGAGAAACCCUAUGAAUGUGAUAAAUGUGGAAAAGUGUUUAGGAAUCGUUCAGCCCUUACUAAACAUGAGCGGACUCACACUGGAAUAAAGCCCUAUGAAUGUAAUAAAUGUGGAAAAGCCUUCAGCUGGAAUUCUCAUCUAAUUGUACAUAAAAGAAUUCAUACAGGAGAGAAACCUUAUGUAUGUAACGAAUGUGGGAAAUCUUUCAACUGGAACUCCCAUCUUAUUGGACAUCAGAGAACUCAUACUGGAGAAAAACCUUUUGAAUGUACCGAAUGUGGGAAGUCUUUCAGCUGGAGCUCCCAUCUUAUUGCCCAUAUGAGAAUGCAUACUGGAGAGAAGCCCUUUAAAUGUGAUGAAUGUGAAAAAGCUUUCAGGGAUUACUCUGCGCUUAGUAAACAUGAAAGAACUCACUCUGGAGCAAAACCAUACAAAUGUACGGAAUGUGGAAAAUCCUUCAGCUGGAGCUCCCAUCUUAUUGCACAUCAGAGAACUCACACAGGAGAGAAGCCCUAUAACUGUCAGGAAUGUGGCAAAGCAUUCAGAGAACGCUCAGCCCUCACUAAACAUGAAAUAAUUCAUUCUGGAAUCAAGCCUUAUGAAUGUAAUAAAUGUGGAAAAUCCUGCAGCCAGAUGGCUCACCUUGUUAGACAUCAAAGGACUCAUACUGGAGAAAAGCCCUAUGAGUGUAAUAAAUGUGGGAAAUCCUUCAGCCAGAGCUGUCACCUUGUUGCUCAUCGGAGAAUUCACACUGGUGAGAAACCCUAUAAAUGUAAUCAAUGUGAAAGAUCCUUUAACUGUAGCUCUCACCUUAUUGCACAUCGGAGAACUCAUACUGGAGAGAAACCAUACAGAUGUAAUGAAUGUGGGAAGGCAUUUAAUGAGAGUUCUUCCCUGAUUGUACAUCUUAGGAACCAUACUGGAGAAAAACCCUACAAAUGUAAUCAUUGUGAGAAAGCUUUCUGUAAGAAUUCUUCUCUUAUUAUUCAUCAGAGAAUGCAUAGUGGAGAGAAACGCUUUAUAUGCAGUGACUGUGGAAAAGCCUUUAGUGGUCACUCGGCCCUACUUCAACAUCAGAGAAAUCAUAGUGAAGAGAAACUGUGAAUUGAAUUGAUAGAUCUUUCUUUUAUUGUACAUUUGGUAACACAUUGAAAAAGAAAAAAAACCCUAUAAACUAAGAGGGGAAAUUUUUUAGUAAGAAUCCAGGAAGACUUACUAUUCAAUAGAACAUAUCUUCUUAGAAGAAACCUAUGAAAGAAGAGACUGGAAAAAGCUUUCAGCAGUUAUGUAGCCUUUAUUUAACAUCAGAUAAUUACAGUGAAGAAAACUCCAAACUCCCCUAAUGGUCCACCAGGAAUCCUAUUUAAGGAACAUGAAUGUAGGGAAUGAGACUUCUUUUCACAAGAGAUUUCAGCUGUUCGUGGAUCUGAGUGCAUUGUUGAGGGGAAAACCUUAUUCUGGGAAAAGUUUUUCAAAGACAGUACACUGUUUUGCAUCAAGCUGGAAUAAUGGAUGGGAAGCUUAGUGGAAGUAACAGAUUUUGCUGUUGUAAAGGGAGGAUGUGGGUGCCCUUUAAGGAACAGAAUAUGAAAUACUAAAUCUGAAUUUAAGAAAAAAUAGUAUUGAACGGGAUAUUUACUAUUGAUCAAGAUUAACCUUAGAAAAGAUUAGUAAAUGAGAUUACUAAUGGUGGAAAGAUUAUUACCUAGAAGUGUGAGACUGAUGGUGGAACAAGAGGUGACAGUUUAUGACCCAGCGUGUCAGUGUCCAUGGUUCACUUAUGAUUGCAUCGUUGGACAAUUCAUUUGUAAUUUGUUUUAGGCAAUCACUAAAGGUUAUAAUUGUGGAUGCUGCUUCAGUAUACAUAAUGUUAAGGAAUGAAAGAAUGCAAAAUUGUACAUACAUAUCUAUUAUAACAUCUUAAAAAAUGUGUACCAUCUGGAUAGAGACUGGAAGGACCCAUGGAGAAAUUAACCUUGUUAAUUUAAGAUUUUUUAAAAAGUUUUACAAACACAUACAGCACUUAUCAUGUGCUAGACUUUGUUUUAAAUGCUUUUCAAAUACUAACUUGUUCAGUCUCCUUAAUUCUAUGAGAUAGGUACCUUUAUUAUCCCAAUUUUAUAAAUGGAGAAAUUGGGCAGAGAUGUUGAGAAACCCACUUAAGGACACACAGCUAUUAAGAAAUGGAAUUGAGAUUUUUGGCUUCAGAGUCAUGUUUUUAACUACUAUGUUAUGCUGUCUCUCCAGUGAUCUUUUUCUAUUUUUUUUUCUUUUGUUCAGUUUUCUAUGAUAGAUAUUUAAUAAUAAAAACCCAGAAAUCAUGGAACAAUGA